CUCGGUAAUCACAUGAUUUUUUAAAUGUUGCGUCAGUUGUGUAGUGUAGCAAACUCUCGCAGCUAUUAUCUCAACGAUACAGGGAAUAUUACAUAACAUUGGAGAAUAAGUGAACACGUAUAGCAAUUUAUUUAAAUCGUUAGGCCUCGACCUUGAACACAUUUUUAAAGCGAAGUAGCUUUAAACGUUAGAUAGCUAACGUUAAGCACUUUUCCUUUUCAUGACUAACUUCUGCUUGUUGCAACAGUCAGUCAGAAUGGGCCAUUUUCUAUCUCUCACCACCUUACUGUACCUGCUUGUUACGAGCUGCUCGGGCUCCCCUCCCUCGAAUUUCAUCCUCCUGUUCGCGGACGACCUGGGGUUCGGCGACCUAGGAUGCUACGGCCAUCCAACCUCGCUCACCCCCAACCUGGACCGAUUGGCGGCCGACGGACUGAGAUUCACUGACUUCUACUGUACCAGUCCCGUCUGCAGCCCCUCCAGGGCGUCUUUGCUGACAGGGCGCUACCAGACCCGGUCAGGGGUGUACCCGGGGGUGUUCUACCCUGGUUCCCGCGGGGGUCUACCGCUGAACGAGACCACCAUAGCGGAGAUGCUAAAGCCCCUGGGCUACGCCACGGCAGCCAUGGGGAAAUGGCACCUGGGCGUGGGGGAGAACGGGAUGUACCUGCCCACCCAACAGGGCUUUGACCACUACCUGGGGGUCCCCUACUCCCAUGACAUGGGACCCUGUCAGAAUCUGACAUGUUUCCCUCCAGAUGUUAAAUGCUUCGGAAACUGUGAUGUCGGCGUGGUAACCAUCCCACUAAUGCACAAUGAUGUCAUAAAGCAGCAGCCUGUGGACUUCCUGGAUCUGGAGAGGGCUUACAGUGACUUUGCCACAGACUUCAUCACCCAGUCUACCAGGAAGAAACAACCCUUCUUCCUCUACUACCCCUCUCAUCAUACCCACUACCCCCAGUAUGCAGGCCCGGCAACGGCAGGGCGGUCUCGAAGGGGUCCGUUUGGUGACGCUCUGCUGGAAUUUGACUCUACAGUAGGGAAUCUGCUCUCAGCUCUGGAACAUACUGGAGUCCUCAACAACACUCUCAUACUGUUCACUGCUGAUAAUGGGCCUGAGUUGAUGCGUAUGUCUCGGGGGGGUAAUGCUGGUCCUCUGAAGUGUGGUAAGGGCACCACCUAUGAAGGGGGCAUGAGAGAACCUGCCAUCGCCUACUGGCCUGGGACCAUCACACCAGGGGUCACCCAUGAGCUGGCCAGCACCCUGGACAUCAUGCCCACCAUCGCAGGGCUGGCGGGGGCCAAAUUACCAAUGGUGCAGCUGGACGGAGUGGACAUGACGGACAUCUUGGUCAACCACGGACCGAGUAAGAGAGAGGCCAUGAUGUUCUACCCUACAGACCCCAGUGAGAAGUACGGUCUGUUCGCUCUCAGGCUGGGCAAAUACAAGGCUCACUUCUACACACGCGGUGCAGGCCACAGUGAGACCACCCCAGACCAGGACUGUCACAUAAUCUCCUUCCUGAAGCCCCAUGAUCCUCCCCUGCUGUUUGACUUGGAGUCUGACCCCAGUGAGAACUAUCCCUUGUCUCCGCUGGGACGCCCCGAACUGCAGGCCCUGCUGCAGAGGAUAGGCGUGGUCAAGGAACAGUUUGAAGCCUCCAUGGUGUUUGGGGAGAGCCAGAUCGGGAAAGGUAGCGACCCUGAUCUUGAGCCCUGCUGCACCCCGCACUGCACCCCCAAACCUUCCUGCUGCCAGUGUGGCUGAUGCACCCUCAAACCUACAGUACGGCUUGUACUAUACCUUAAGUAAGACUAGUUCUAGUACCUCUAUUACUGUGGAUGAGGUACCCCCAAACUUAACCUCUGAAAGUGUGGAAAGACAGUUCUUUAAGCCAUAUCAGAGACUGUGGGAAGCAGCACCUUUUCAAACAUUAGAAAUGGUACAUCCAGCAUGGCCAUUGUUCCACAUGAGUGUCUGAUCUACCAAUUCUAAUUCUAUGGAUGCGGGCACCCUCAUGUGGACCCUGCAUCCCAGUGACAACACCACCCAAAGACUGCGCCUCAAUGACGCACUUAGAAACUGUGUGGUGUUUUAUCUUCAGCCGUUGUAGAAAAGAUGCAUUGUUAAAACACUCGUAAGCCUAAGUUCCAUCGCUAUCGGGGAAACCGGGCUAGUUUUUACAAAAGACGGUGUGUGUUAUUUUUAAAUACAGGAUUAUAUUAAUACAUUCUCUUUCACUAUAAAAUAGUGUAACAUCUCACACCCAGAAGAGAGGAGUGGUAGUUAAGUUCAAACAUGUCUUUACGAACUAAACAGACCUUCAUGUAAACAAAUUGUACAAAUCUAGGGAAAUGUAUUUUACAGAUGACAAUUUCAUAUAGCCUAGCUAGUCUAUAAUCAGGUUGUUGGUCUGAGAUACAUGAUUGUAGCUUGGACCUAAAUCAUGCAUUAAUGUUGACAUUUGAAUUCCAGUGGCAGAUCUGAAGUUAGGAUUUCCCCCUAUAAAUGAACAGAUUCAUGAAACUGUUAUUGUGACCCAGUAGCACGGUGACACAAGCACAAGAAAGAGACAGUCAGACUCAUUUGAACAUCAAGCAUAUAUUUUAUUCAUAAGACCAAACCCAUGACAAGGCAAAGUGUAUUUAUUUAUUUUUUGACUUUUAGAUUUGUACAAGUCCUCAUUUUUUAAAGAUAACUUUGUAUUUGUCACAUACUGAUGCUCUAGUUAUACAGUGAAGAAUCUAGUUUGUUUAUGCAUUGAAGUCCAAAGUUUUGAUGAACUGUUAACUGGAUGUUUGAGCUGCUAUACAGGAAUAGGGAAUCCUUGGGGGUUGGUUGGUGUACUGUAUCUAUCAGGGAAGAUAGAAGGGCUUCAACUAAGCUCUUACAGGACAGAAAAACAAAACAAACAGGUAAGAGAUGGAGCAUGUCUGGAGCUCAAAGCCAUGGGCUAUAUUGGCAAGAUGCGAAAGGUUCCUGUAUAAAAGCAGGCUCUCUGAAAGCUGUUUUUAAUUGGUUCAGCUCUACUUCUCUGCUCUAUCAACGGAUUGGGUGGGUGUUGGAUCUCAAAGGUGUCACAUAUGUGCCUAAAGGGGUGUUGCUAAAGCCUGUCUGUGGGGUGAAUGUUUGAGUUAGCAAGAACCCAAAAUGUCACCUUAGUGGUUGACGUAGCACACUCGAAUAAAACAACUGGUAAUUUAAA